GCUUUCCUGAAUCAUGUGGGCCAAGAUCCAUGUUCUCCACACAAUAAUUGUUGGAAAAGUUGUCAAGACUUAUUGAAUCAAUCUCUCCAUAUUGACAAAGUCAUUGAAGCACAAACUCUAGAGAUGAAGGAAGGUAACCGCUUACGGGUUAUGACCUCUAUUGAUGUUGUUCGGUGGUUGGCUUCACAAGGAUGUGCUCUACGAGGUCAUGAUGAAUUCUCUAGUUCUAGAAAUCGAGGAAGCUCAAGCACUUGAAAUUGCAAGAAUGUUGGAAAUUGGUGAGCUUGAAACAGGCAGAGGACUUAAUCAGGUUGGUACGUUACAACGAGCUGGGGAAACUCGAUGGAGCUCGCAUUUCAGUUCUGUUUGCAGUUUGAUUAGGAUGUUUGCUGCAACUUGUUUUGUUUUAGAAGAUGUUGAAGAGAAUGGCAAUAACUAUUCUACUCGUGGAGAUGCAGCUGGAGCACUUAAGAAGAUUAAAUCUUUUGAUUUUGUUUUCUUGUUGCAUCUUAUUAAAGAAAUUAUGAGUAUUACAGAUCUUCUAUGUCAGCAUCUACAAAAGAAGUCCCAAGACAUAAUAAAUGCUAUGCAUUUGGUGUCAAGCACCAAAAUGUUGAUCCAAAAGUUAAGGGAAGGUGGAUGGGAUAACUUCUUAGAAAUUGUUAAAGUGUUUUGCCAAAAGCAUGAGAUUGAAGUUCCUAAUAUGAAGUCUCCUUAUGUGGUAAAACGCAAACGCCAUGAUCAAGAAGGGUUUGAUAUUGAACGUCACUAUCGGGUUGAUAUGUUUUACGCAGCCAUAGAUUCACAAUUGUUAGAGCUGAAUAACAGAUUCAAUGAACAGAUUAUGGAUCUUCUUACUCUUAGCUGUGCUUUGGAUCCUAAGGACUCAUAUAAGUCCUUUAACGUUGAUGAUAUCUGUUCUUUAGUGGAUAAAUACUACCCCUUUGAUUUUAUUGAGCAGGAGAAGGUGGGCUUGAGGUUUCAAUUGCAACAUUAUAAGCUCAAUGUUCUAAACCAUCCAAAGUUGGC